GCGAAAUGCACUCCAAAGCUCAGGUUAACAAUUCAAUAUGGCGUCCUGAAAACCGCAAUUUUUCGUGGUUUUACUGCAAAUAUAAUGUACAAAUGAUGUUGUAAUUUUCCCAGGUAGCCAUGAGCUAUGUUCUAAGCAAGCUCGGGUCGAAAACAGAGGUCGACAAUGCAAUUAGAUGCACAGAAGAUAAAGUUUUAGUGUUGAGAUUUGGUAGAGAGAGUGACCAGGAAUGCAUGAGAGUUGAUGAUAUAGUGAGUGGUAAAUACUAGAGAUGCUACCUGGACCAGAUUGUUAUUACCAAAAUCGUUGAUUCUUCCUCUCACCCGAAAAACAUGUCAUGUUUCAGUGUCAAAACAUUCAAAUGUUAAAAUGUGAAAUUAUUUUUAGAUAUGUCGAUAUAAUUUAUCAUGGACCGAUCAGAUGUUGCUAUUCCCACAAUGUUGAUUUCAUGACAUUAGGAAUGUGGUCGCAUUGCUGAAUGUCUUGACAUGAAAACAUCGCACAUUCUCCCAAGCGAGAUGAUGUCAUUCUACUCGGUUAAUUAUAACUAUUUGCCCACGCAUCCUGUCAGGAAACUUGCCCACAUAUCCUUUUAACCCUUUGACUAGCAAUGCACAUUAUUUUACUCCGUCUAAUGCCAGACGAUUUUACUCGUCAUGGUGAUAGUGCUCCCACUCAAUGGGUUAAUUAGGUCAACUUUCAUUCAUUUUAGCUUGCCAAGACGAAGCAAUCGCUUUCCAAUAUGGCUGAAAUUUAUAUCAUUCCUGCGGACAGUGUUCCAGUGUACGUGAAAUAUUUUGAUAUUACCCUUACACCAGCAACAAUAUUUUUCUUUAAUGGCCAACAUAUGAAAGUUGAUUAUGGGUAAGUUCUUCAAAGAAAUGUGUACUCAAUGAAACUACAUCUUUCUUCAAUUUAUUCAUUUACCUCUAGAUCGACACAAAACGUCUACAUAUAAUGAAAAGAAUCAACAUCAUUUGUUAAGAAAUGUGAAAUGGGUCAUUCCAGAAAACAUCUGUACCUCCUCUGCAGAAGGAAAUUGGAAGUCAAUUCCCCCACCCCCUUCAGAUUCCUUAAUACACUAUUACCAGAAACAAAUUUUUCUCCCUCCCCUUCUGGUUGGCAGAAAUUUCAACCUUGGGGGAGUGUGGAUCUUUUGUGGAAUGGAACGACCCAAUAUUGCAUAAAAAUGUACACAAAAGUGUACCUAUUUUUUCACAUUGUCUAUUUUCAGCACGCCAGACCACACAAAAUUCAUUGGAAGCUUCAAGACCAAGCAAGAUUUUAUCGACUUGGUCGAAGUCAUAUAUCGUGGUGCUAUGAGGGGAAAGCUAAUCGUGACUUGUCCAAUUGAUCCAAAAAACAUCCCAAAAUAUGACUUGUUGUACAAAGAUAUUUAAGUUUAUUAUUGCUGAACUAUAUGUAUGUAAAAAUGAUAAAAUAAAAUUCUGGAGUGCAUUCAAAAUG